UGAAGCAAUGGGACUAGAACUGAGCUCAGAGCAAAGCUACAAACACACAAACAAGUUGAGUUGUCUUUGAAUCUAAUCCUGAAGUUUUGAUUGCCAGCCAUUACAAACUAACUACUUCUCCAAUAAUUUCAAUGGUUUCCGCUUCAUCUUUUGCCCCUUACUUCCCUCAAGAUCAACACUCAGUACAACUGUACUGGAUUCAUCAUGCAUCACCAAAUUCUACAGCCAGUAAACUUUAUUCUGUUAAAGCCACGGUUAGACUUUACUCAUUUGCCAGUUUAAGCCUCUAUAGAUUGAUGUGGUGUUUGCAACAGCUAUUAUUUUUUUUACUGUAUCAAAAAAAGGCUGCGGCAAAUAAUGGAAACACAAAGCCAAAAAAAAGUGUUAUCUGUGCAUAUUGUGAUGGAAAUGGUGAGAUUGUUCUAUUGGCAUUUGUGGAAAUAGCAUGUAAAUGCAUCUUAUCUAGAUUUAAAAUAAUACCAGGUGCAAUUUUAUGCUCUCAAUGCAAAGGUAGUGGAGUGAACACUGUCGAUGUCUUCAAUGGACAAUUUAUGGCUGGUGAUUCAAGUUGGCUUUGCGGAGGGAAAAAGGAUAUGCUGUGUGGAAGCUGCAAUGGAGCUGGAUUCGUGGGUGGUUUUAUGAGUUAAGUACCUGCUUCCACCUGUAUAUGUACAGAUGUGUAUACUUGCUUCUCUUUGUUCCAUUGACAUUAUUCUUACUUGGCAAGAAUUUCAUGAGUGAAAGUUCUGUAAAUUGGAACUGAAUCUUGACUUUAUUAGAAAUGCUUUCUGAAGGCACGAGCCAGUUAUAGCAUUUUAA